GCUUGUAUACGAAUAAGGAACACAAAACCCUAGCCAUCGUCAAGCUUCCCUAUUCGGCCGCUCCAAGCCUUCUACCCCCGAUUGAGACUGCUGGGGACGGAAAAGAGAGAGGGAAAGCCGGGGAAAAACAAGGGACAAAUCAAGGAAAACAAAGGAAAAGCAGAAAAAAUUGAAAGCACUAAUGCAUCCGUUCUCGGUACAAAAUAAACAUUAGCACGUGCCGUAAACCAGUAUAUCAAGGAAACCUGCUUGGUGCUCCUCUUUCCUAUUUGCUGCUGCGUGCUUGAAUACUGCUGUAAUCCACAUAAAAUCUUGGACUUGCUGAAAAAGAGGAGAGUGGAAGGAGUCGAAGGCGAAGAUGUCACACAACCCUUCUCAGCUCCUCCCUUCUGAGUUGAUUGAUCGGUGCAUCGGAUCGAAGAUAUGGGUGAUAAUGAAGGGUGACAAGGAGCUCGUCGGAACGCUUAGGGGUUUCGAUGUCUAUGUCAAUAUGGUCCUCGAAGAUGUCACCGAAUAUGAAAUCACAGCUGAAGGUCGCCGGAUAACAAAGCUUGAUCAGAUACUGCUGAACGGCAACAAUAUUGCCAUCCUGGUCCCUGGUGGUUCUCCUGAUCCAGAAUGAAAGAACAGAUAUUUGUGAAGUGAGCUGAGAUCUAUUGGCUUUUUUAAGUUGGUGAACUGAUAUAAAAUCAAAAUGUCAAUAGAUUAUUGUGAACCAAAUAUGUAGGGUGAUACCAGUUCAUAUGCUUAUGUUCUAUGGAAAUCUAUUUUCGCAGAUACAUUCGAUCUGCCUGGAUCAAUUGCUGACAUGCUUUUCGU